UAAUAAAAACCAGGAAAUAUAUAACCGUCCCUACCUUAUUUGUUCGUCCGAGACAAGCAGAACAACAUGGCUCUCAGAACGUGGGCUUCUUCCACAGCCAAUGCAUUCAGAAUCUCUCAUGCCUCCAAAUCCCAUCCCUUCCCUGCAUUCUGUCUCUCCCGAUGCUUCUCUACCGUGUUGGAUGGGUUGAAGUAUGCAUCCUCGCAUGAGUGGGUGAAGCAUGAAGGCGCUGUGGCUACAAUCGGCAUCACCGACCAUGCUCAGGACCAUCUUGGAGAAGUAGUGUUUGUGGAACUGCCAGAAGCUGGGGGUUCAAUAUCUCAAGGUGGCAGUUUUGGAGCUGUGGAAAGUGUCAAAGCAACCAGUGAUGUCAAUUCCCCUAUCUCGGGUGAGAUUGUUGAGGUCAACACAAAGCUUACUGAAUCACCUGGCUUGAUCAAUUCAAAGCCAUACGAAGAUGGAUGGAUGAUCAAGGUGAAGCCAAGCAAUACCUCAGAAUUAGAAGCCAUGAUGGGUCCAAAGGAAUACACAAAAUUCUGUGAGGAGGAGGAUGCUUCACAUUAGAGUUUGAACUUUUGAACUUACUGCCGGAAACAUCUUGGACUAACUGAUUCUAAAGAUUGAUCUGAUUUGUUAUGUUCUUAUCAGUUACUCUUGCUUGAUUUCCACUAGACCUUUCACUUCCCAUUAAAAAAGGGUAAGAAAAUUUUAUUGUUAAA